CUACCCUCCUCCUUGCGGACAAGCCACGGUGGGCCUUUUGCCCGUCCUCGUGUCGCCGCUCGUGGUCAAGUGAUAGGUGAUGGGCGACUCGGCUCCGCGAUACGAGUCGCUACGUACCAGGUAUAGCUAGCGAUCAACUUGGAUGUAAUCGGCAUCGCUCGCCUCCAUGACGCUGUGGUAGCCACAUGUGUCGACCACCUGUCGCACUGGAGGAGGUCAGUCGGAGGCGCCAAGAUCACACUGCAAACACGGCGUCUGUCAAGUCGCCAGCUGGAGUGGACCCAGUGAUGGGACGUGCGAAAGAACGAGUGGUCAGUCGCCUUGGAAGGCCACACCACGUGUGGUGUCAUUUUGGUAUUCUCGAUUCGACGACGAUGGAAUGCAUUUUCCGAGACUGUGUCGCGCCCGCCGUACCGUUUACGACCAAGUGCCAGUACCACCGCAACCGCGCCAAGUGCCGCGUCGCGGGCUGCUGCAACCAAGUGUACGCGCGGCACCUCUGCGUCUCGCACGGCGGUCGGCGGCGCUGCCAGUUCCCAGAGUGCCGCGCCAACGCCCGCCUCGGGCUCUUUUGCACGCAGCACGGUGGCAAGAAGCAGCGCUGCCAAGAGCCGGGCUGCACGAGCCUCGCGCAUGCCAAGGGCAAGUGUGUGCGCCACGGCGGCCGCCGACCGUGCAGCGCCGACGGCUGCCUCACCCAUGCGCGCAAGGGUGGCUACUGCUGGCGCCACCGCGACCUCUCCGAGUCGAUGAUGGCACCGGCGACCGACGACGCGUUUGCACCGUGGGGCCUCUUCGAAGGGCCGCCGUCGACCGAGAUUGACGGGCUCGACUAUGCGAUUCUGCAGACGCUGCUCGUGAGCCCCGACGCGACGCCGGCGCUGCACGUGCCCAACUAGUCGUUUGUGUGCGGUUUUCCAUAAUUUAAAUUGAACGUAGCUGCAUGUUUACGC